AUGACUUGCUUGCAGCGGCCAAAACAAAGUGCAAAAAUUUUUCCAUUCUUGUUUCCAAUUCGGGGGCUCUCCAGCUCCUUUUACACACAGUUUCAUGAGGAGUACGGAAUAAAUAUUGAACAGUAUCAAGUGGAUGAACAACUUGGAGAAUUAUCGGUGAGCAGCACCAAGACGAAGAAACUUGUUCGAUCACCACUGAAUUUGUUAAAGAAUUCAGAUUUGGGAAGCCUAGAUGUCAAUUUCAACACUGAAGGGCCUACCGGUUUGAAAAAGUUCAAAGAACAGGGAACAUCUGCUGUUGAUAUCGUCGAAGGAACUACUGCCUUUGAAGGCACCAAUUCGUGCAGGGAUAGUGUUUCAUGGGAAAUAUCUGUGUUCAAAAGUCCUACUGGUUCCAAGGUUGUGGAAAGUUUCGAUCAGUCCGCCAUCGAUGUAGAUACGGAACAUGACGAAAGUGGCACUACUUAUAAUGGGACGAAUGCUUCUUAUCAAAUUGACGUUCUCAAGCCUGCUAUUGAAACCAGCUUUGAUAAUAUUAUAGGUGCUCCUGACACCACCAAACCUGACAAAAAAAUUAUUGCUGAUGAAAAUGUUGUUGGAGCUACUUCUGAAGGUGUUAAGCGCGUGUCUGAGAAAAGCUCAGAUGUUCAGACUGAGGAGGAAAAAUUGUUUCAAAAGUUUGAAGAAGGUGAACAACUGCAAUCUGAAGUUAGUAGGGAGGAGAUUUUGGAAAACAUUGUUUCUGAUGGGUCUGCAAUUUCUUCUUCAUUUGAAGCCGUUGAAGUACCCACUUCAUCUUCCCAAAAACCAACAAAUUCAAAUCUUGCAAUAAAUGAGGAGAACGCUAAUAUUUUAGAAGCUGAAAAGGCUGUCGUUUUGCAGACAAAUGAAAUCCAUCCAGACAUUGUACUGGGGGAGGGCAUGCAAAUAGGAGAUUUUAAUGGUUCUGAUUUGCAUAAACAAGUAACUUUUUCUGCGAAAGAAGAUUCGAUCUCUGAAAGAAAUGCUGAAGCUUCAAAAUCUGUGCAAAGAGGUUCUAAAGCUCUAAAUUAUGACGAAGAAAUUGACGAUACAAGCAGCAAUAAGGCAUUUGACAAAGAACUCACACAUCUGUUGAGAUCUGACAGACAGGGCAUCAUUUUUGAGGAACGACUUCUUUCGGCUAGUCUAGAACUGGAUGUUGAAACGACUUCUGAAAAGAUAUUAGAGAAAUCAGAGGCAGAGAGGUUUUUAAAAUCCCCAUCUUUGCACGAUCACGAUUCUUCGGAGUCGUUAGGGAAAAGUGCAGGGACAAGCAUUUUGAGAAUUUCAAAUUUGGAUGAACAUGUUGAUGAUUUUUAUCCAUAUGCUGAAGAAAAACAGGAAGCACCGCAACGAAAGUCUUCUGCUAAUAAAGCAGAGUUGAAUCGGCCAGAUUCCCGACCUCCUUCAAGACGGAGUGACAAAAGUCAACCGUCAAGGCCGUCGUCAAGAAAGACGGACAGACCAAGCUACGGCAAACCUGAAACUCCGCCUAUGUUGCCCGUUUUAUCCCCAUUUAGUCGCCAUAAAAGGAAAAAUUUGGAAACUUCACCAGCAAUGCUUGAACUUUUCGGCGUUCAUGUCACACCAGAAACCUCAAAGUCAGAUUCAUAUUUACAAAAAAGAGGGAAAGAUAGUAAUAACACAUCCACACCACUUAGACCUGCUGAUUUCAUGAAAAGGGCUGCCGACAUUGUUGAUCCCAAUGCUAUUCAAACAUCUGAAGUAGAAGGCAGGGUAGAUGGAGAUUGGAGAAGGACAAAGCGGGGUAAAAAACAUAAAAAUUUAUUUGAACGUACAGAAUUCAAUGAACCAGGCCCAGAAUAUGCAACAGAAGGUGACUCUUCAUUUGGCCAACCGUAUAAUUCCGACAGCCAAAAAGCAUUAUCGAUGGUUGGUGGAAGUUCUCUGUAUGAACCCGAACAAAAAAUGAGUCAGAAAAAGUUGUCAUUGCAAACCGAUAGCAACGAUAGUUAUGGUAUCGGGUUCGGCAAUGGAGGAAGGCGAAAAGUGUUGGAAGAGCGUAGGACAUCGGAACCUGGCCCUGAAUAUUACAGUCAUAUGGAUGACAGUGAUAUA